AGGUCAUACCACCAUUGGUUGGCAACGAGAGGGAGCUCAGGGGCUUUGCCACUUACCCCCACCCACCUGUACCUGAACAAAGGGGUGCCACACGUCGUCGUCGUCCGACUCGAGAGCUACUUUCCCGUCUUCCUUCAAACAACAACAACAACCACGGCCAGGUAAACGUCAGCCAAGGCGGCGGGGAGCGAGUGGAGCCGAGCAUGGAGCCGAUCACGGCCUGGAGCGAGGAGACUGUGUGCCAAUGGCUCCAAGGUCUGGACGCACCCUUGCAUCGCUACGCCUUGUCAGAGUGGCACCUAUCUGGCCUGGAUUUGCUCCAAUUGACUUCAGUAGACCUGGAACGGCUGGGCGUGUGCAAGAUCGGCCACCAGGAGUUGAUCCUCGAGGCCGUGGAGAAGCUGUGCUCCUUGUCAUACGGCGACGGUGGGGAAACCCUGCACGGCCUGGCGGAGAAGCUGCGAAUGUUGGCCAACAACUUGCAGAUGGGCAUCCAGGGGCGUUGGCGCCACAACAGCUACGACGGGCAGAGCGCCACCAAGCUGUCCACCAGUGUAUUGCACGCGGUGGUGGAGCUCAUCCCUUCAGCCAAAGGACUUUUCUGCUUACUGAAUAGGUAUAAGCUCUCGCAUCUGAGCGGACGCAAGACGAGCAAAAAAAUCGUGAGCCAUUGCAAAGAACUCGGGGCGAUCGUGCAAAAGAAACGUACAAGUGUCUACGAGAAAGAGAAGGACAUCAUCUCCGUGUGCCGUCAAUUAGUGUUGGUGUGCGACGAGAUUCUGAACAGCAGUCCGGAGGCUUUGCUUAGCAACACCACGCAGCUUGAGAGCGUCGACCUAGUGCCCGUUUCACCGGGAGACCAGCUGGGCAUCGAGAUAACAUCCAUUGGCUCCAAUAACCACUAUGUGACCGGAACUGCAGCAGAGCCUUCAAGCGCUGUUGCAAAGAUCUUGGCUGGAGAUGAAGUCAUCAAAGUCAAUGACCAGAUAGUGGUGGGCUGGAGCAGGGCUAACCUCGUAAAGAAGUUAGAGGAGAAUCCCAGCGGCGUCAAUCUGGUCAUAAAAAGGACUUCUGGUUCACUUUGUCGCAGAGGUCCGGUCCAGUGCUCUUUGCCUGUGCAGGAGGAGGACGACUACUACAAAGGGGAGAGUUCAGACGAAGAGCUUGAAGAGGACAAUCUGAGGCACUCCAUUUUCGAGAGGGUAGCAGCAUCGGUCCGGUCCCUGUCUUUCAGGAGAGCCAUUCAAGGGCCUGAAGUGACGGCGGGGGAGCAGCCUAUGGGGCAAGAGGAGUCGGAGCUGUCUGCCGACAACCAGGUCGAAGGCAGGCUCACCCCGCAAGGCGCUCUCUCGGUCUCAGGAGAGUUUGAAAGUCUGGCCGGUUCGAGACUUUCCCCGGGCGGCCCCCGGAUAAGAGAGCGCUCGCCGUCACCGCGAAGCGUUUCCCCGUUCGAAAUCCAUCGAAGUUUAUCACUGCAGGCACUCAAUCAGGAGAGAGCCAGCGUCAGUUCUUGUCCUGAAAUGAUGGGCCACACCGGAUACCAAGAGACAAAAAAGACUUCUCUCAAAGGAAUGACGACGGCCCUCAGUCGACGCCGCGUGUCCUGCCGAGAAAUAGUCUUGCCCGACUGCGACGGCUGGCUCUGGAAGAAGAGGAAGGAAAGCAGCGUCUUCAUCGCCCAGAAGUGGCAACGCUUCUGGUUCGUCCUCAAGGGGGCGUCGCUCUACUGGUACACCAGCCAACAGGAUGAGAAGGCAGAGGGCUUGGUCAACAUCUCCAGUUACACCAUAGAGAGCGCUGGCGAGCACAAGAGGAAAUAUGUGUUCAAAAUGCGACACCAGCGAUUUCACAACAUCUUUUUCGCCGCCGACAAUGUCAGCGAAAUGAGCAAGUGGAUAAACUGUCUCAUCAUAGCAAUUCAAAAGCAUAAGAAGCUCAGCCCGGGCCCAGACAGUGAAGAAGAGUGCUACAGUGAGACAGAAUCAGAAAACGAGGGAUCCCCUUCACCUCGCAGGAGACAUAAGAAAGUACAAGCCAGCACCCUGCCGCGCCCCAAACGCAAAACCAACAUUAAGGUGCCAUUGCCAAGUCCAUCAACAGGGGGCAGCAAAGCCGCCCCAGAAGAUGAGAUGGGCAAGAUGUUGAACAACAUCAAGGAAGGAGGCGUGUCCCUCAUGGGCCAAGAGCAGCCGCUCACGCACGACCACUUCAGGAGGUCGUUCAUCCGGCGCAAUAAGAACCCCGUCAUCAACGAGAAAGCGCACACGCUUCGGGCGCUGCAGAGCACCUUGAAGGCCAAAGAAGCUGAAUUACAGCAGAUCAACAAAAUUCUGGACGGUUCCGCCGUGACGGCCUCAAAAUAUCGCCAGUGGAAGGAGCAGAACGAAGAACUCAUUCAUGAAAUCGAGAGACUGGCCUCUCUCAGGACCUCCAAAAUCGGGGAUGCGGACGCCGCCGCCACUGGCAACGUUGCGGCGGGAGUCGCGCCUGCCGAUGAGGUUGCCUUGGCAACGGUUGCCACGGAAACAAGCACUGCAGAGACAAAAGGCGCACACAGACUGAACCUCAGCGACGGAGAGCAGCUGGUGGACGCCGAGACUUCUGAUGUUCUCCUGGAGCUCCCACUGGGCUCUCCGGUGGAAGAGAGCAGCAGUCCCGGGUUGGAACUCUCACUGGGCUCUCUGGAGGAGUCCAUCAACAAGCAGCUGAGUGAGAUGAGGGAGAGCGGAGAGGCGCCCGACACUUAUUUCUACAUUUGAACACAUCUUCUGUGUGUGCCAAUACACAUCAAAACCAGUUUCAAUACUGACCAGAAAGAUUGACUUUGAGAUCUGUUUAUGCUGCCUGGAAAUGCCGACAUGCAAAUGUGUCACAGUAUAAAUAACACAAAAUGGUGGUGACAAAGUCAACCCGCAGGUGUCAGUUUGAAAAUAAUAAGACGAUUUUCACAAAGUGAGGACUUGAAAGUACAGAGCUGUUUUCAAAUGUAGGGAGUUCCUUACAUUCUGUUUUGCUGUUGUUCAUACUUUUAGGCUUUUAUGAAGUAUGACUUCUGCAACCGAUUAAUGGUAUUUCCAUUCAUUUCAAUGGGGGAAGAUGAUUUGAGAUACAACUGUUUAGGGUUGUAAGCGUUGUCGUGUAACAAAUUAAACUUGUAAGUCAAGGCGCCACUCUAAGUUGUUUUUUUUGGGUGUGAUUAUGAGACAGCUUGAUGUUUCUAAAUUGGAAGAGCCAGGAAACUUCAGUCCUCAUCCAUUUGUUCUUAUUAUUCCUGCAAGAACAACUCUUGGGGAUUUCCAAGAAAAUAUUACUGUAUCUUUGCAAAUUUUACAGGCUCUACUUACGUACACGUGCCUGUGAAUUUUUAUCUUUUUUUUUUUGGUUAAAUUUCAGACCUUGACUUGCCAUAGUACAAGUUUACAUAUUGAACAAGUUGCCAAUCAGUAUAAAAAAUAUAUUUAAUUUUUUUUAGGUAAAUAUGUACCAUAGGAGAUGCCUUUUAAAAAAAUGUGAUGUGUAAAUAAUUUUUAAGAUAUCUGCUGCAAGUUCCCCGUUAAUUGACUUUUGGAAUUAUUUGCACAGAUAAUGUACUGCCAAGGUAGUGCCUUUUUUCCGUUUGAUUUUUAGAAAUCAUAAUACAAAAAAAGAAAGAAGUGAAACUAUACAAUCAUUAAACAGAGUGAAAUACUUCAGGAUUUUAACGGAGACGCACAAUUCACCAUUUCACAAAUUUACAUUAUUGCAUAGGAAGUUUUCAAAAUAUUCUUUAUUACAAUACGUAAUUAUUGAUUGGCCUUGUGGAAAGUAUUUCCCUCUGUGUUUAACAAAUGUCUGUUGUGUAAUACAAUUUUUGAAUUGAACUACUUUAUUGAAAUAAAUGAAAUUUUCUACAAUAUUCAAAUUUAUUGUGACGAGUUUAUACUGAGCUGAGCUUUUGUUUCUGUCCCAUUAUUGCUUGUGAAGUAGUGACGUGUUAAAAAGCUCUGACUGGCUCAUUUUCACUGAGUCAUCAUAAUAAUAAAAAAUGAGUGUCAUGAUCA